AUGGGCCCCCCGAAGACGAGGGGCCUCGAGGCGCGGCCGAGCCGCAGCCGCUUUCACGAGGGUUCUAUGAAUGACCGCGUGUCUGCCGUACCACCAGACCAUUUCCUUGGACCCGGGGAGAUAGAAUCGCUGGAAAGACCAUUGGAGGUGGAACUGGAGCAGCAUCAGUAUAAUCUACGAAACGCUCGCCGGUCGCAAGAUACUCAGCGUCAGCUUCAGCUAUGGUUGUCUCAAGCUCCUAGUAUCGCUCCGAGUGUCGCCCCGAGCACCAGCACCUCCUCUCCUUCGAAAAAGGGCAUGCUGGGCAAGGUCUGGGAUGGCGUUCGAGGUCGGCUUCAGCUCAAGAAAGAUACCCCCUCCCCUGAACAGAAGAAGAAGGCAGAUUCGCCGCCCAAGAAGCCAGCAACAGCAAAUAUUUACGACGACAGGCCCACUAGAGAAGAGGCCCUGGCGAGUUAUCAUUUGUUGGUUGAGUCGGGCUUCUUCACUUCUCAUGCCAUUCAGUCUACCCGACAACCUCCCCCGCCGGGUUUUGUAAAGCAGCGACCAGCCACCAGCCACCAGGUGCUCUCCGUCUCGACACCGCCGCGAGCACCACAGCCUCUCCAAGCCCCCCCUUCAUUGCCUCCGCCUCCGAAAUUCCCUCUCAACACCACACCUAAAACACCUAGGAGUACUAGGAGUAACAGGACGUCUUUAUCCGCCGUGACCCCGGCGAGUGCCGAUUCGAGAGGCACCAAACGGACUGUAAAUGAAAGCACCAACAACGAUAUCCUGAUCCACCAGGACGAGAGGGAAAAACCGGAAGUUCCUAGAGAGGCGCGCAAGAAGAUCCGUAAGAGUACUUCUAAAGACUUCACUAUUCCUGUUCUUCGUACCGUUAAGUCUCGACGGAAACUCACGGGUAGCCGAUCAAAUCGCCGAAAGAGUCAAGGCAACGCUGGUCUCCCGCCUGUGGUAAUACACCACUACCAUAGUCACAGUGCAUCAAGUCGAGACUCCAAGCAUAGCAAGCGUUCUUCUCACUUACUGUGCGCAGCCUCGCCAUCAUCCGCAGGAUCAUCACCCCGAAGCUCCCUUGACUCUACAUCGUCAUGGAGAGAGAGUGGUGAAAGCGUCUACAGCGUUCGGGCCAUUGGCUCUGGCUCCAAGAGCUCUCGUGCCCUCAGGCCGAGAAAACCUGCGGCCAAGGCUGGCGCCACUAAUACUGCUGAUGCUGAUGCAACGGAGCCUCUCAAGGUGGUUCCCAAUGCAAACCGAGGAAUCCCCGGUGUUCCAAGCAUUCCCGCCAAGUAUACCUUUGGAGAAGAUCGAGAAAAUGGACAGGCCUGGCGAGGGCUGAGACGGUGA